GUGCGUGACCCAUGGCAACGGUGGUGCUAAACAAGCGGGCUGUGCAUCGAAGGGGAGGGCAGGUAACCCCGGGGUUGCCCUGGCAACGCCCUUAGCAACGGAGCUUGAGCCGGCGGCCGGGAGCCCGGAGCUGGAGUAGCGGCGGCGGCGGCGGCGGGAGGGAGGCGGCCGGAACCUUCAUCGCCCGGAACCUUUGUAUUGGGUCGGCGGCGGGAGCGGCCCGGGGACGUCGGCGGGGAGCCGGGGACGGUGGGGGGAGGCUGCGCCAUGUUCAAGAACACGUUCCAGAGCGGCUUCCUCUCCAUCCUCUACAGCAUCGGCAGCAAACCGCUGCAGAUCUGGGACAAGAAGGUGAGGAAUGGCCACAUUAAGAGGAUUACAGACAACGACAUCCAGUCCCUGGUGUUGGAGGUUGAAGGGACCAACGUGAGCACCACCUACAUCACCUGCCCAGCAGACCCGAAGAAGACCCUGGGCAUCAAGCUGCCCUUCCUAGUGAUGAUCAUCAAGAACUUGAAGAAAUACUUCACCUUCGAAGUCCAGGUUCUGGAUGACAAGAAUGUCCGCCGGCGAUUCCGGGCAAGUAACUACCAGAGCACGACCCGGGUGAAGCCCUUCAUCUGCACCAUGCCCAUGAGGCUGGACGAUGGCUGGAACCAGAUCCAGUUCAACCUGUCGGACUUCACCCGCCGUGCGUACGGCACCAACUACAUCGAGACACUGCGGGUACAGAUUCACGCCAACUGUCGGAUCCGGCGCGUUUACUUCUCUGACAGGUUGUACUCGGAGGACGAGCUCCCUGCUGAGUUCAAGUUAUACCUACCUGUACAGAAUAAAGCCAAGUGAGCAGAAUGAAGUAUCCACGGACUGUCGGAGGUUCGUUUCCCUCGGCCUCCCUUCAGCAUCAUCCGAUGGUGAGGAAAACCCUUCGGAAAGUGAAUGCUUUGUAUAUUUUCAUUUAAUAUAAAGCCAGUGUUUAAGCA